GAACGUCACAAACCAAAACCCGAGGCGAAAGAGAGACAAGGCAACAGUCCCACGUUGUUUCUUCGCAUCUCUUUCUCUCNCUCUUUCCAUUUCUCGGAAACUACUCUUCAAAUCAUUUGAAUCUCUCUCGGUCUCAUCCAUUUUCCGUCACUGGAAAACCGCUCAUCUCCGCUGUAAAACCACCAGUCUCUCUGUCUUCUCCGAUCGCUUCAAAUAUGAGCACCGGCGAGCUUCUCAGCAUCGAACCCCAAGAGCUCCAAUUCCCUUUUGAAUUGAGGAAGCAGAUCUCUUGCUCUCUACUUCUCUCCAAUAAGACCGAUAGCUAUAUAGCUUUCAAGGUAAAGACAACAAAUCCCAAAAAGUAUUGUGUUAGACCCAACACUGGGGUUGUGUCCCCAAGGUCUACAUGUGAUGUUAUAGUAACAAUGCAAGCACAAAAGGAAGCACCUUCGGAUAUGCAAUGCAAGGACAAGUUCCUUCUUCAGAGCGUAGUUGCUGGCCCCGGGGCUACCCCGAAGGAUAUCACUCCAGAGAUGUUCAGUAAGGAGUCGGGGCAUAAUGUUGAAGAGUGUAAGUUGAGGGUUCUCUAUGUUGCUCCGCCUCGGCCACCAUCUCCGGUUCAUGAAGGUUCAGAGGAAGGUUCGUCACCCAGGGCUUCAGUGGACAACGGGAGUGCAAUUGCUUCUGAGUUUAAAGCUGCUUCAAGAGCUUUUGCCGAGCAACAUGAGCCUCAAGAUAACUCAUCCGAGACCAGGACACUAAUUGUGAGGCUGACUGAGGAGAAAAAUUCUGCUAUUCAGCAAAAUAACAGGCUUCAGCAAGAACUGGAUCUUUUGAAGCGCGGGGCCAACAGAAGCAGUAGUGGCAUCCCAUUUAUAUAUGUUGUUCUAGUUGGCUUGAUUGGCAUUAUUUUGGGGUACCUUCUGAAGAAGACAUGACCAGGCACUCCCUUUGCUGGACAAUGAAAUGUAAAAACAGGAAGGAAAAAACCCACCAGAAAUUGAAUGCGUGAUUGAUUAGCAGUAACCGUUGCUUAUCGUAUUACCAAUCUGUAUUGACAGUAGAGAACGUUGUGAAAUGUGCGACUAUUAGAGGGAACUUUGGGUCGUUGUAUUAGCUGGUGUCGACACCAAGGUAACUUGUUUAAGCGGGUUUUGUAAUUGACAAUGGAAAUUGAAAGUUUUCCUUUGUGUGAUCACCUCCGUGAACAUUGUUUGUGUUUCUUUCCCCCAAUGAAAUAAUUGUUAUGGGUUGACUA